AUGUCGCAAGUCCCACGCUCCCUCCGCGCCUGCCUGGUCUGCUCCUUCGUCCAAGCACAGUCCAAAUUCGUCAAGCAAGGCUGCCCAAACUGUGAAGCCUUCCUCGAAAUGUCCGGCAGCUCAGACUCCGUCGCGGAUUGCACGAGCGAGGUCUUCGAGGGCCUCAUCACCGUCAACGACACCGAGAACAGCUGGGUGGCCAAGUGGCAGCGGCUGAUCGGGUACGUCCCGGGAGUGUAUGCUACGCAGGUGAAUGGAGUGUUGCCUGAGGAGUUUGCUGCAGCGGCGGAGAAUGCGGGCGUGAGGUAUAUCCCACGCGACGGUUCCGCCAACAACGACGAGUAG